AUGUUGAGCUUUCUAGCUUCAUCAUUAUUAGCUACAAGCAUCAUCUGCUCGGUUGAUCCCGGUCUGGCCGGUCCCCUGGAUGCGCUCAACUGGGCACGGAUGGACAACAUCAACCUUCCCUGGUUGCCAUAUGAGAAUAUGACACGAUGUUACGGUGAGCUGGGCUGCCUGAACAUCACCAAGGAAUGGUACCAUCUGAUCUUCCGGCCGUUCAACGUAUUCCCGCUGCCGCGGAGUGUCAUCAACACGCGUUUCAUCUUGUACACCGAGAAGAAUCCAACCGACGGUCAGCUGCUGCAGGCGGAGGCAAAGGACACGCUGAUGAAAUCACACUUCAAUCCGGACUGGGCGACCAAGUUCAUCAUUCACGGGUUCAUCGAUACACCGCUCUCGAACUGGGUGUCUGAGAUGCGCGACGAGCUGAUCACGCGCGGUGCCCUGAACGUGAUAGUGGUCGAUUGGGCCGGUGGAUCGUUGCCUCUCUACACGCAAGCGACGGCGAACACGCGUCUCGUCGGGCUGGAAAUCGCCUACCUCAUACGGAAGUUGCAAGAGUAUCGAGGCCUCCAGCCCGAGGAUGUUCAUCUGAUUGGCCAUUCGCUAGGUGCUCAUACGGCAGCUUAUGCCGGUGAACGAAUUCCAGGGUUGGGACGCAUCACAGGACUUGAUCCGGCUGAACCGUACUUCCAAGGUAUGGGACCAAUCGUACGGCUAGAUCCUUCCGACGCUACGCUCGUCGACGUUAUCCACACGGAUGGGCGAAGUGUGUUCCGGCUGGAAAUUCCCGGGUACGGCAUGUCGCACGCCUGUGGCCAUCUGGAUUUCUAUCCUAACAACGGAAAAGAGCAGCCGGGAUGUGCGUUAUCUCAGGAAGGUGCCGCCACGAUUCCACUGACGCUCAUCAAGGACGGUAUUGAGGAAGCGUCCCGAGUUCUGCUCGCCUGUAAUCAUAUCCGGGCGAUCAAGCUGUUUAUCGACAGUAUCAACGGCAAAUGUCCUUAUGUUGCACAUCGAUGUCCAUCGUAUCAACAUUUCCUCAGCGGUAACUGCUUCAAGUGCACGUCGGGUAAUUGCGCUCUGAUGGGCUAUCAUGCCUCUCUGCCCAUCACAACUACCCGUCAAAACGUGUCGGAGAACGAUGUCAUCAGUGGGUCCUCCAGUGUACCGGUAGCACCGCAACCGGGAAAGUACUUCCUUGCCACGGGACGCGAUUUCCCAUUUUGUCAGCGCCACUAUCGCUUUACAGUAGAGUUGGCUAAACCGAAGGUGGCUGAACCGUGGGUGCAGGGCCAUCUAACGGCCGGCAUCUUUUCCGAGCGUGGUGCAUUGCGGAACAUUGACCUGACACCGAAAGGAACGGCUCGGUUGGAGCAUGGUACGACGUACCAGGUGGUGGUCACCAAUCCACACGAUCUCGGUGAUCGUAUACGCAAAGUGGAGCUAGCCUGGACACACGACAUGAACGUGCUGGAACCGACCACCUUGUGUCUGUUCUGGUGUAACAGCCAUCUGUACGUGAAGUCGAUACAGGUUGAAACGAUGCAAAUGCCCUCUCGAGAAAAAAGGAACAUUGAAUAUCCGAACAAACUGUGCGCACCGAAGCGCGAAUACGCCGACAUUGCCAGCCGCGGUUCCUAUUCGUUCUACGACAACUGCAAACGGUAA